GGGUGAGGGGCGCCCAGCCCGGCCCCAACGGCCCAGCUCCCUACCUGCCGCAUGGAGCUGGGCACCGGCCCCCUGGCCGGCCCGGCCCGACACGGCGCCGCUGGCGGUACCCCUCAAGGGACGGCGCAACCCGCCCCGGCCGGGCUGUGGAACGGGACUACAUUUCCCAUCAGCCCUCCCGAGGCGCGGCCGGAAGUGGGCGGGCGGGCGCGCGCGGUGCAUUGUGGGCGCGGCGGCGGCGGCGGUGGUGGUCUUCAUCAUGGCGGCCUCCAUCUCGGGCUACACCUUCAGUUCCGUCUGCUACUACAGCGCCAACAGCAGCGCCGACCACGAAGGAUUUCUGCUAGGAGAAGUGAGACAAGAAGAGACCUUUAGUAUUAGUGAUUCACAGAUCAGCAACACUGAAUUUCUACAAGUGAUUGAAAUCCAUAACCAUGAGCCUUGUUCAAAACUCUUUAGCUUUUAUGACUAUGCAGGCAAGGUUAACGAGGAAAGUUUGGACAGGAUUCUUAAAGACCGAAGAAAAAACGUUAUUGGAUGGUACAGAUUUAGGAGAAACACUCAGCAGCAAAUGUCAUAUAGAGAGCACAUCAUUCAUAAACAGCUGACACACAUUCUUGGAGUGCCUGAUCUUGUCUUCCUUCUCUUCAGCUUCAUUUCCACUGCAAAUAACUCAACACAUGCUUUAGAAUAUGUGCUUUUUAGACCAAACCGAAGGUAUAAUCAAAGGGUGUCACUCAAUAUUCCUAAUCUAGGCAACACUAGUCAACAGGAAUACAAAGUUUCUUCAGUGCCAAAUACUUCUCAGAAUUAUGCCAAAGUUAUUAAGGAACACGGUACUGAUUUUUUUGACAAAGAUGGAGUGAUGAAGGACAUCAGGGCUAUAUAUCAGGUUUAUAACGCGCUUCAGGAAAAAGUACAGGCAGUGUGUAUAGAUGUAGAAAAAAGUGAACGUGUUGUUGAAUCUUUUCAAGCUGAUGUAAACAAGUUAAAAAGGCAAAUCGCACAAAAGAAAAAUGAAAAAGAACAAGAAAUAAAGUGUUGGGAGGAUUUAUUUUUGCUGGAAGCUGAAUCAGGAAUGCAGCAAGCAUUUUUAAGCAGGCAAAUGCCAACAGAUAAUUUGGAACCUAUGUUUGUUCCACGAAUGUCCUACACUGGAUUUGCUGUGGAAGGCUGCACACUUGAAGAUUCAGAUGUCUCUGAUCCUCCCCCUCCGUAUUCCGAUUUUAAUGCAACCAAUCAAGAAAGUACUGUCGGUCAUGGUCUUCUAGAAAGCAAUGUGUUUAUGCCUCGACCUCAAGCAGUAGGUUCUUCUAGUUAUGUUUCCACAAAUGCAGGAUUGAAAUAUUCUGGUAAUGGAGCAUCCAUGCCAUCUUCCCAAAGAGCGGUUGGUGACAAUGUUGAUGAAUCAGAAGACAGUGAUUACGAAAAUUUGCUUGAACCUACGGAGUCAUCUGACAGUGAAUACUCACAGACAAGGGAUUCACGACCUUCAGCACAUCCUGAUGGUGAUUCCAGGAACACUCAAACUUCUCAGAUUUGAUGGGGGGGAAGAAGAUCCACAUGACACUGUUUUUUCAUAAUUGUUACAGAGAUUUUGGGGAUUUAACCUGGAGGAAAUGAACUACACAGGAUUACUGUGCACACAAAAUGUAGAAGACUUGCACUAGAUGGUUUAUUCACCUUGUGAUACAUUUUGCAAGUUUUAUAAUGGAAUCAUUAGGAUAAUCAAGUUGUACUAAUACUGAUGAGGUUCAUGGAUGUACUGGUAAAUUUAGGCAAAAUGAAAUUUAUAGAGAUCUUGUAGCUUUUGUUGCUGUAUUUUCUUUAAGACAAUAAAUUGGGAUGUAGUAACUAAGCACAGUUAGUCUACAAAUAAUGUUCUCAAAUCAAAACUUACCUCUUGCACUAUCAUGCCUUGAAUUUUAAUUUUUGAAAGGGAAUAAAUAUAUCAGCCGCCUUCAAAAUAGCUUUCUAUGGUAAGCCAAAUUGGCCUUUGCAAGCAAAGAAAUUUUGAUAAUUCUGAGAAGCCUGAUUGGAACAGAUGUGGUCUACCUUCCUCUAUUGGCAUGCUCUUUUAACAGAGAAGGGGUUUGUUUCAACUUUUUUACUAGCAGAAUGUGUGUAUCUCUUAAAAUGAUGGUUGCCUUUUUUUUCUGUGAAGGGUUUGGGGGUGGGGUGACUGGUAAAUCAUCCAAAUGAAUGUCAUAAAUAUAAUUAUUCUGGUUUUGCUGGGUUUACAAUGACUUUAUGCCACACUAGCCUCAUUUAUUGUCUCAUUUGUUAUUUUAGCAUAAAUACGAAGUGCACAUACAGGAGUAAAUGACUAACAGAAGUAGUAAAUCCCAUCAUGAUUGGACUUUGGAGUCUGCAAAUUACAAACAUCAGAGACUGCUUCUUGCAUUUUAUUUGCAUCUGAAUAUUGGAUUUAUGCUUCUAGAUGAGUUAUUUUCUGUAAUAAAUAGGGGAAUAGGGUAGGAGAAGAUUGUUUGGAGAGUCCCCUGGGUUUAUUACCUCUUUUCCUCUGGGUGAAAUGUGUAAAUUAUUAUUUUAAUUUGAAUUACAGCUCUCAUCAGAAAAUUACCAUUUGGGAUAAAUGAAGUGUGGUAUAUUUAGAGAAUUUAAUGUUUGGAUGCACUUAUUCUUAUUUAAAUACUGCUUGUAUGCUAACGUCACCCAAAAUAUGUGAAAUUGUGCCACUAAAGUUUGUAUUAUUGGACUUUAUCCCUGAUCUGUAAAUGAGAAGACUUUUAAGAUGAGGUUAUCGUAGCAUUUAUUGCUCUGAGGUGUCAAUAACCACUUCUUUGGUUACACCCAGAAGAACAAAGCAGUCGCUUAAAAGUUCAGAUAUAUUGGAUUUACAAAAGAAUAAAAUUUCAGUAUGUAUUGUAUAUGUAGGCAAAAGUCUGUUCGUUAGCCUCUCCUUUCCUGUACUAAAUUAAGCAAAAAGUGACUUUGGGAAGAAACGAGAUGUUAAAAUCUCCACUCUUCUCUCGAGCAUUUCCACCUUUGAACAUCUAGUGGUCUGUUUUAACUGUUUGACAUUAUUCUCAUUAGCCUUAACUUGAUGCAUUUUGUCUCUGAGUGUUGCGAUCCAUUUAACAGAGGACUUGCUCUGGUGUUAUCGCUGGCUAUCUGCAAGCACCUGUGGUUCAGGUGGUACAGCUGUGUGUAUGUCAGAAUCAGAAUUGACAAGAUGGCAACUACCGUUUUUAUUUUUACUCCGCACAGAAACCUGCAAAAUGUACAUCUCUGACAAAGCAGUUAAAUGUGACAAUAAAAUCUUAUUUAAUCCUGUAA